AUGGGAUACGGCAGAAGUUGAUUGCUGAGGAUGCCUCGCUGCAGCUAAUGAACAAGGGACUUGAAGAUAUCAAAACAAAGCUUGAUGAAGGCAUGAAAUCUAUAUCAGAUCAACUUGGAAAUGAUAUGAAUCUAGAUAAGUUACAGCAGAUUUUCUUGCUGGUCUCAACAUUACCAAAACAGAUGGAAGCAUCUCUAUUCAAAGUGCAAAAUGAGCUUCAGAACUCCCUCACAAAAGAAAUACAGAUUACCACAUGUUUGUCAGCUUGCAAAGAGAGCCUUUGUCUUCACGAUUUAGUUACCUUGCAGGCAAUUGUUGGCAGUCUGAAGACUCUCAAGCAAAAUAGUCCAGUGGCUGCUGCCAUUCCACCUAAG